UAGGGACAUUAAAACGAACGGUGGUCGCAGUUUGGUCUGAGGCGAACGAAUACAGGGAAGUGCAGGUGGCGGUGCGCCAAGAAAACGCCACGGGAUACCGCCUUUUCCCGGCCGACCACCGCCAAGGUAAAAAAGGGGAGGAAACGAUAGAUUCCGAAAACCCUAAAAGACUGGAAGGAAAGUUACGGUUUGUUAGAUAGAAAGAAGCCCACCAACCCUUUCUUUCCAUCUCCUUUUUUUCUCUAUCUUCCGGCCCGCAAACCUGGGGCGACGAACCUCGAGAUCGAACUGCUGCAGUUGCGUGGAUUGGUUUCGGGUUAUGGCCGGAAUGGAGGUCGAUUCACCGCCGGAGCGGAAUUCUCCGCGGGAGCCCCGACAUCGCAUCGUCCAGAGACUUGUUCAGCAAGGGGUUCCCCUGGAGUGUGUGGAACAGUCUCAAUGGGGACUUGUAACUUUUGUGAAGGAGAACAGAUCCUUUCUUCCAGAGAUCGUGUCUGCCAUCUUACCAACUGAUGUAGAUGUAUCUGAGCCUGGAAGAUCAUUUAAAUCAAGGACUGGAGGAAGCUCCAGUGUCAUCAAUGUUAAAGAAUUUGGUGAGAGCAUGUUGUGGUUACAAUGGCUCAUGUUUGAGGGUGAACCGCAGGCAUCUUUGCAGGAUUUGGCUCAAAAAGCUGCUGGCAAACGUGCUGUGUGUGGGGCUGUUUGGGGACAAAAUGAUCUGGCCUACCGCUGCCGAACAUGUGAGCAUGACCCAACCUGUGCAAUAUGCGUUCCAUGUUUCCAGAAUGGAAAUCACAAGGAUCAUGACUACUCCAUCAUGUACACUGGUGGUGGAUGCUGUGAUUGUGGAGAUAUUACCGCCUGGAAACGUGAAGGAUUUUGUUCAAAGCAUAAAGGCACGGAACAGAUCCUACCUCUCCCCGAGAAUUUAGCAAAUUCUGUGGGACCUGUUCUGGAUGCUCUUCUAGCAUGUUGGAAGGACAAGGUUUCAUUAGCAGAGCAUCAGAAGUGCCUCAGAGAAGGUGAUCACAGUGAUGUGUGUUGCAAGGUUGCAAAUAAGUUAAGUUAUGUGAUUGUUGAUAUGUUGCUUGACUUCUGCAAAUGUAGUGAAAGCCUUCUCAGUUUCAUCUCAAGAAGAAUGUUUCAGUGUAUUGGUUUAUUAGAUGUUCUUGUGAGGGCAGAGAGGUUUUUGGAUGACGAUGUUGUGAAAAAGCUUCAUGAGUUGCUCUUAAAAUUGCUUGGGGAACCUCUUUUCAAGUAUGAGUUUGCCAAAGCUUUCACGAGAUACUAUCCAGUGACUGUUAGUGAAAUCAUCAAAGAGCGUAGUGAUUCGAUGCUUGCAAAGUAUCCACUGCUAUCAACUUUCUCUGUGCAAAUAUUCACAGUGCCUACUCUGACACCACGACUUGUACGUGAAGUGAAUCUGUUGGGUGUACUUCUGGGAUGCUUGAGAGAUAUUUUUCUGUUUUGUGUUGGAGAAGAUAAUCGCAUACAGGUAAAUAAAUGGACGAAUCUGCAUGAAACGACAAUUCGUCUUGUCGAAGAUACACGGUAUGUUUUGAGCCAUGAGGAGGUUCCCAAAUACAUUGCUCAUGAGAGGCCUGAUAUUUCAAGAACUUGGAUCAAACUUUUAAGUCUUGUACAAGGCAUGGAUGCUCUAAAGAGAGCGACACGUCUUCACACUGAAGAAGAAAAUGAACAUCUGCCUGCACCAUUUGGUUUGGGGCACUUUCUCGGCCAUGUCAAUACUCUUUUGGUGCCAGGAGCAUUAUCUGUUGUUGAGUCUAAAGAAAUAAAGGAUGUUAUUGGAAUACAAGGUUUGAAUGACAGUGAUAGUCUGCGCAAUAUAAAAGUGGGAAGGAUUUCUCAAGAAUGCUCUACAAGCAGUUUAAGCAGCAGAAACAGCGGAUUGGAGUUUGGAUUGCAAUAUCAUGAUGUAAAUAUUGAUAUACGGAAUCACCUGUCUAUUCCAUCUUCUGCCAUAUGGUUGAUUUUUGAAUGCCUAAAGGCUCUUGAGGGAUGUUUGGAACCAGAAACUGCUCCAAGGAAUAAUUCCUUUUCUUCUGAUGCUCUUAAUAGCGGUGGUUAUAAUCUCUCGACUUUGAGAAGGAAAUUGUUUAGGAGAAAGAAGAGCACAAAUAGUAACAAGGUUUACAGGACAUCUGUGUCUAGGGAGCGUAUUGAUGGAGAUCAAGUGCCUACACCUAGCAAGCUUCAUGAGAGACAUGGUCAUCCCCUUAUUCAUGGUGUGACUGAUGGUAAUUCAAUGGAUGUUGAUGGCACUGCAGACAUGUAUACUGAACAUGCUUCUACAAGUGGAUUGUCAGAUGAUAGUCUUCUGGAGGUGGACCUUGGAACAGAAUUGGAAGCAUUGGGUUUGUUGAAUAUGGCUGAUUGGCCUGAUAUAGUUUAUGAUGUCAGUUCACAGGAAAUAUCGUUUCACAUUCCUUUACAUCGUUUGCUUUCAUUGCUAUUGCGAGAAGCAAUGAAAACUUGUUAUGGUGAAACUGAAAAGCUGGAGAAGGCAAUUGUGAUUUCUUCGCUACCUUCAUCAGCACAUCACCAUGAAUUUUUUGGGCAGGUUUUGGGUAGUUUACAGCCCUGUGGAUUUUCUGCUUUUGUGAUGGAGCAUCCACUAAGGUUGAGGGUAUUUUGUGCUCAAGUGCGUGCAGGCAUGUGGCGUAAAAAUGGUGAUGCUGCCAUAUUAAGUGCUGAGUGGUAUCGUUCUGUCCAGUGGUUUGAGCAAGGGCAAGAAUCUGAUCUUUUUUUGUUGCAAUGCUGUGCUGCAUUAGCUCCUCCAGAGUUGUUUGUCAGGAGAAUUCAAGAAAGAUUUGGUUUAUCAAAUUUCACAUCUCUGAAUCUUGCAGAGCAUAAUGAGUAUGAGCCAGUUCUGGUGCAGGAAAUGCUCACUUUGAUCAUUCAAAUAGUCAAAGAACGACGUUUUUCUGGACUUUCCCUCGUUGAAAAUUUGAAGAGAGAGUUGGUCUAUAAGCUAGCUACUGGAGAUGCUACUCAUAGCCAGCUCGUAAAAGCUCUUCCUCGUGAUCUUUCAAAGAGUAACCAGCUUCAAAAUGUUGUUGAUAUGCUUGCAGUGUAUUCAAAUCCAUCUGGCAUGAAGCAGGGUAAAUAUUCUCUUCGUAAGGCUUACUGGAAAGAAUUGGAUCUGUAUCAUCCCCGCUGGAAUUAUAGGGAUUUGCAAGUCGCAGAGGAGAGAUAUUUCCAGUUCUGCAAAAUUUCUGCACUUAAUGUUCAGCUUCCUCGAUGGACUGCUGUCUUUGAACCCUUGACCACAAUUUCUAGAAUUGCUACAUCAAAAGUAGUUCUUGAAAUUGUCCGUGCGGUUCUAUUUUAUGCUGUUUCGACAGUGUCUCGUACUCCUGACAGUGUUCUCAUAACAGCAUUGCACUUACUUUCUUUAGCAUUAGAUAUUUGCGAUUCACAGACUCAUGAUAAUCGGUCUUGCAUAAGCUUUUCAGAAGGUUGUUUUCCUAUAUUGACUUAUGCUAGUGAAGAGUUUGGUAUAGGUGCCACUAAUGAGUCUAUUUUCUGGAAGAAUCAAAGCUUGUUGUCACUGCUAGUUUCAUUAAUGAGGAUGCAUAAGGAAGAAAGGGAUAACAGUUUUUCUGAGACAAGGCAGUGUAACAUUUCUUCUCUGAUUGAGAAUUUAUUGAAGAGGUUUGCUCAGCUGAGUACUGAUUGCAUGGAUGUUCUGAAGCAACUGGCGCCAGAUAUGGUCCAUCAAAUGCUUCAGCAGUUCCCCGAUCCCACCAUUCAGAAUUCCGCAUCAUCUUCUGAUGCUGAGGAGCGUAGGGCAAAAGCACGAGAGCAUCAGGCUGCCAUAAUGGCAAAAAUGAGAGCGGAACAAUCAAGAUUUAUCGCCAGCCUUAAGUCCAUGACAAAUGAUGAACCAGAUGUUCCGAUAUCCAAGCAGGAAGUGUCAAAUCCAGAAGUUGAUCAUGUCCCUGAGGAAUCAUCACCACUUUGCGCCCUUUGUCAUGAUCCAGAUUCCCAGAGUCCUUUAUGCUUCCUGAUUCUUCUCCAGAAAUCUCGGCUUACAAGUUUUGUCGAGAGAGGUCCACCAUCAUGGGAAAAUGGAGGCCAGUUGGAUAAGGAGAUAAAACCAGUUGGAAAAGAAGGGCUUGUUAAUGCAUCUAGUGGUGACUCAAGCAGUCCAGCGCAAUUAGUUCAGGCAGCGGGCCUUGAUUUUUCCAUUGAUAUAGAACCUGCAGAAGGUGAUGCAUUUCUAUACUUUUUUAAAGAACGGUUUCCCGAUAUUAGAAAUCAACUACCUGCUGUAUCAUGUGAUACUGGCACAGACACAUUGUCGAUUGAGAUGAUGGAGGAUGAAAUCUAUCAGUCUAUUAUAGGGGAUAUACGUAAUAUUGAAUUCCAUUCAGAGGCACUGGAUGGUGAACAGACAUGUUCUACUUUUCAUGUUCCAGUAGUUUCAAAGAAAAACAGAAACAUAAGGUCUUCUGUGCUUGGAGAGUGCAUUGCAUUUUUGUCAAGAGAAACUUCAAGACGUCACUCUUCCAUUCAUAAUUUGCAACAUCUUGAAAAUUUAUCGUCAAUGCCUACUUCUUCAACUGCCAAAUUCAAUAGAUUUGGUCCAAGCAAUUGUGAUGGGAUUCAUCUUUCUUCCUGUGGGCAUGCUGUGCAUCAGGAGUGUCAUGAUCGAUAUCUGUCAUCCUUGAAACAACGACGGAGGCUUGGUUUUGAGGGAGUCCACAUUGUCGACCCAGAUCUGGGAGAGUUACUUUGUCCAGUAUGUCGCAGAUUUGCAAACUCUAUCCUCCCUGCGUUCCCUUAUACUUCUAAUAAAGCUUGGAGGAAGACAGCAUCAUCAGUCAAUAGUGCAACACAGACUAAUUUAUUGUCAAUCUCAUCAGAUCUGGUUGGUGGCAUUUUACGCCUUCCCCUUGCAUUAUCCAUUCUUCAAAGCACAGCAAAAAUGGUUGGACAAAACAGAUUCCUAAAAGCCUACUCUGGAAAGCCGAGGGAAACCAUAGAACCAGCUUUGGAGCCUGCACUGCGAAAAUUGUUUAUGCUGUAUUAUCCUCACAGUUAUAGUAGCUUGUCAGCAUCUGGCUGGCUCAGUCAUUCUCUGAUUCUCUGGGACACACUCAAGUACUCUAUUAUGUCUACAGAAAUUGCUGCUCGUGGGAGGCCAAACAUGUAUUCCGCUGGUUCAAACUCUUGCCUUGAAUCUUUAUAUGGUGAACUCCGUUCUUCUAGUGGAUCCAUAUUGUCAUUCCUACUUCAUGUUGCUCAAUCUGCUCGCAGUUCAAAUUGUCUAGAAGUGCUUCUGAGGUUCAGAGGCAUUCAACUUCUAGCGGGGUCAAUUUGUUCUGCUGUGUCAGGGGAUAGUAAUUUGUCAAAUGCUGAUGAGCCAAGAGGUACAUUCUCUUCCAUGCUGGAAUGCUCUGACAAGGGUGCAACAUUUCCCGACGCUCAGUUUUGGAAACAAGCUGCUGAUCCUAUUCUUGCACAGGAUUCAUUUUCUUCGUUAAUGUCGGUCCUUUUUUGCCUUCCACUUCCAUUUAUGUCGUCCAGUGAAUGCUUCAUCCCUUUUGUGCAUCUCUUCUAUGCAGUUUGUGUUGUUCAGGCUUUGAUUGCAUGCUAUAGCAAACAUGGUUUUGACAUAUCGAGCUUUGGUGAUGGCCUUCUUAAUAAUAUUUGCAAGAGUAUGGCAGAAUCUGUACUUGUUCGACAGUAUUUUGUCUCAAAUUAUGUUGAUACGUCUUGUCUUCCAAAGGAUAUGAUCCGCAGAUUAACAUUUCCUUAUCUAAGAAGAUGUGCAUUACUCUGGGAAUUGCUAAAAUCCUCAACAUUGGCCCCACUCUAUGAUAGUUCCAAUACUUGGGAAUGGUCGAAUCUUCGUACAAACAAUGAUGCAUUAGAUGCUACUAACCACCUCACUAUAGAGCUUAAUGGAAUAAAGGAAUUGGAGGAUAUGCUUCAGAUUCCCUCAUUGGAAUUAGUUCUGAAAGAUGAGGUUGUGCAUGCUUUAUCCUUAAAAUGGUCCAAGCAUUUCUGCGAGGUGUUCAGAAUUCGUAAACAUAGAGGUGUCUUAUUUUCCACUCCAGCGGUUCCCUUUAAGUUGAUGCAAUUACCUCGGCUUUACCAGGAUCUUUUGCAAAGGUAUGUAAAGCUACAAUGCUUCAUUUGCAAGGCUAUCCCGGAAGAACCUGCAUUGUGCUUGCUUUGUGGUAAAUUAUGCUCUUCAAACUGGAAGCCAUGCUGCGGGACAAGUAAAUGCCUAAAUCAUGCAGCGGUUUGUGGUGCUGGUAUAGGUGUAUUUCUGUUGGUGAGGAAAACCAUAAUCUUGCUGCAGAGAUCAGCAAGGCAAGCCUUUUGGCCAUCUCUCUACUUGGAUGCCUUUGGUGAGGAGGAUCAUGAUGUGUGUCGAGGAAAGCCUUUAUAUUUGAGUGAGGCGCGCUACGCAGCUCUUGCAUAUUUGGUGGCGUCUCAUGGUCUUGAUCGGACUUCUGAAGUACUUCGCCAAACAACCAUUAGUUUUUUUGGCGCUGAUUAGAACUUUUGAAGAAACUCUUUUCAAAGGAAAAUGACAAGAUGGUUUCGUUUUAUUGGGAUUGAGUGGAAAACUGAAAUGCACAAAACAGGUUCGACUUCAUCCGGACGCCAAGAGUUACCUUUGGAGAGUUGAACCGUCCGCAGGGGAAGAGAGUGGAGCACUGAAAGGCUUUAUGCACGAUUCUAUGAUCACGAUAAUUUGCCAACAUUCUCAGUUCAUGCACGUCUACAAUCCCCAAGAGAGAGAGAGAGAGAGCCCCCUCUAAUCUAAUUUGUUCUCUCGCACACCUAAGCACUCCUGCAGCUGUGCAGGUUUUCUGGUCGGUGAUGCAAGCUGUACAAGCGGUUUCUGGGGUGGUGAUGGCUCAUGGGGCGUUUAAAGCACUUGUGGUUCUCAAAUGUAUAGUGAAAAAGCUGAGAUUGAUGUGCAUUAAAUCAUGGACAUGCUCAUGUUCAUUGGUAAGUUGGUAAUUGUGAAUCAAGCAUAUGAAUCUCAGCAUGUACAGUCGUGGAUGAACUCACGUAAGCAGUGCCGUCAAAAAUUUAAGCCGCCAAAGUUUGUAGCAUCUGUCUAGCUCUUUAAUUAAAAUUACGGGAGAUUUUAAAUUCCCAAGUGUUAUCUUCAUGAACUUCUAUUCGGUAACCGAUACCCGGUAUUCCAUCUAAUGAAAAUUAAAAGAUUGGUUAA